AAGGAACUGGCAGUUUGAUGUUAAUAUAAAAAAAAAAUUAAUCAGGCUGUAGGAUUUAUAUACCUUAAACAUUAAAUAAGCACCUGUCUAUCAAACAUGAAAGUCGUAUUUAUCACUCUGCUGAUAGUCGGAAUAAUUUACUGUUCUGCUAAUAAUUUAAGACUUGUGAAGGAAAGAAUACGAUACUUAGAAAACAGAGUUAAUUCAGAAUCAAAAUUCAGGCAUGAUGAUCACUCAGAAAUAAUCUAUAGAUUGGACGAGAUAGAUAGAGUAUUGAAUACAUCACUUGAUCGCAGAGUAGGCCGCUACGAUGAAGUGUCAAAGGAAACAGACGAAACAAGCUCUAAAGCUAUUGAACAUCUGAAACAAGACUUUACACGAAUCAGGAAAGCAUUUGGCGAAGAGAAGGCCACAGCGGGAAGGAUUCGGAGAGAAAUUCCUAACUUAGGAAAUAAUCUUAAAGCAGUUCAAGAUAAAGUGGAUAACUAUUGUAAAAUAAGUUUAAACAAGACCGACAAGGCAGUAUCGAGAAUAGAAGAAACAAGCGAGUUGAUAGUAUCUGAAAUCACUAAGAAACAUAUUACCUUGCUUUAUGAAAUAAAUGAAAAAAUUUCACACGACAGUAAACAGUUGAGAGACAUCGCUUUAAAACUUGAGCAAGUAAAACAAAAAACCGAUGACACAGAAAACAAAACAGCCAUAAGCAAUGAAAGAGUUGAUGCUAUAGCAGCAAAUGUGAUUAAAAAUGCAGUAAAUAUAGAACGUGUAUACUCGCUGGUAACAGAAUUAUCAACUAACAUUAUGCCCUUAUUAAGACAAGUGUCUUGUAUUGACUUACUAAACAAUAGUUUAAUACAAAGUGGUAUAUAUAACCUACGACAAGGACCGGUGGUGUACUGUGACCAAACUACAAAUGGUGGGGGUUGGACAGUAUUUCAGAGAAGACUCAAUGGACAGGUAGAUUUCUAUCGUAACUGGGCUGACUACAAAAAUGGCUUUGGCGAUCUAAACGGCGAGUUCUGGCUCGGAAAUGAACAUUUGAGUUCACUGACACUAGGUGGAGAACAUGAACUUAGAAUAGAGUUGGAAGAUUUUGAUGGAAACAGUGUUUAUGCCAAGUAUAGCAAGUUUAAGAUAUAUCCAGAAGAAGACAACUACAAACUGGAGGUGAGUGGAUAUAGUGGAACUGCUGGGGAUGCCUUAGAGAAUCAUAAUGGAAUGAUGUUCUCAACUUUUGACAGAGACAAUGAUAAAUAUGAUUCAAAUUGUGCUGUUAAGUAUCAUGGUGCUUGGUGGUAUAAAAGUUGUUUCUAUUCAAAUCUCAACGGACAGUAUUCCGAAAAAAGUAAUAAAGGAAUUAGGUGGCACAAAUGGAAAUACUCGAGUUUAAAGAAAGUAGAAAUGAAAUUCCGUUAGCACUUCCAGAAAAAUCUACAUGCAAUGCUACUGCAUUCAUCUAUGUUUCUCCAGAUUGCUGUCAGAAUUAUUUUCUUGGAUUCUCUUGAUCAUCAUAAUAAUAAAAUGAUGUUUUCAACGUUUGACAAUUACAUUAUUAUUAUUGUUCUAUGUUAAAAUCCAUAAUAAAAAUAUGACGCAACGUACAUUUACUUUCAUCUUGAAAAGGUUCUUUAAAAAAUUAAUAUUUCUUACCCAUGGAAGAAUGUAUAUAUGCAUGCUCGAUAAAUAGAUCAGCGUUUGAAGAUACAAAACAGUUUUGACGGACACAAUCAAACGUUUUAAGCAUAUAUGUCCUUGUUGAAAAUCACGCAGAAACAAGCUGGGAUAUGUACAUAUAUAUCUAGGAAUGCCUCAAGUCCCUGCUGACAGAAAAGUGGAGGCGUAUUUACAUCUGCACACCGAAAUCGAUGUUUUUAUUGUGUUUAAUUAAACCUUUCAUAUUUUUAACGUGUGUUUGUCUAGUUAAAAAGAAAAUUCAUUUUACAUUUAUUUUACAAAGAUAAUUCUUUGUACAUUUGUCAAGUCAAAAAGAAAAUUCCUCUUAUAUUUGUCAGUAGGGUUUCGUGUAUGCUCAAAUGAAACUGUUAUGUGUAUAUUCUGAAUUCUGUGUAAAGUUUCAUUAUUAAUAAAGUAUUGUUAAAUUUACAAAAUUUCCCAGCUGUAUUGUAAUCUUAAAUAAAAUCGCUUUGAUGUAUAACCUUUCUAUUAUUUUGAUUUGUAUAAGAAGUUUCAUCAUCAUAUUUCAAACAGUUUCAUAUGAACAACCUUAAAGCUGCAUGCCUCCGGACGAGCCGAAAUAUUUCAAAACAAUUAAAUUUGAGAAAAAUGUGCUAAAAUUUUAAGAAAAGUAAAAUAUUUCAAGAUCCAAGUAAUGAUUUACAUGUUGUAGGCAAUUAAAGGCUGAUUUUAGGGUAUUUAUCAUCAUAUUUAUACUGCGUUACUAAAACAGUAAGGACUAAUUUUGCUUAUUUUCACCUCUAUUUGGUAAUUUAUGUGGAUUGCAAGAGCAAGUUUGCAAUGGGUAAAUUAUUUUCUUUGUUCACUUCACAACAUUUUACUUUUUAAUACAUUUUAAAUUUUUUUAUGAAAAUUAGCUUGAAUAUGGAGGCAUGCUGCUUUAAGCACAGAAAAGAAUGAAAUAAAAUGGUUAAAUGUUAUGCUCUUGUGUCGAGCUAGUGAUAACAAAAGUCCUGGUCUCAGUAAACAGAUUUUAUUUGAAAUAUUUUAACAAAUACAUGUAUAUUACCAUAUAAAACAUAAAUGUUAUUAGUUGGACAAGUUGCUGACGGAAGAAUAUA